AUGGAUCCCAACUACCUGCCCGGUACGGACCAUGACGCUUUCACCGAAUGGGCUCUGUCCCAAGGUGUGAUUGCCGAUGCAGUCACACCGGCUCGUUUCCCAGGGCGUGGUCUAGGAAUGAUGGCUACGCGCACAAUCAAGGCAAGAUGCAGCGAAGCUGUGGUUCAAGUCCCUACCAAUAUUAUCUUCACAAUCGACCAAGUACCCCAGCUCUUCAGGUCACAGUUCCCCGAAGGCACAGCCGUGCAGUCAAUCAUAGCGGCGUUCUUGACUCAUGGCAGAGAGGAAGAGCUUGAAAAAUACCAGCUAUGGUUUAAAGCCUGGCCCACGCGCCAAGACUUCGAAGACAGUCUGCCCUUGCUAUGGCCAGGAGAACUAGGUGGCCUCACUUGGCCAGACAGUGAACCCACCACUGAUUCUGUUUCCAUUCCCAAUGUACUCCCGCCUUGCAUCAACGGGCAAUGGAAUUCCAUUGAGAAAGGCCCUCGGACCAAAAAAUAUGAAACUGAGCACCAGGAUCUGGAACCGCAGCAGGAAAAACGGCUACGCAAAGCGUGGUCUGAUGUUAUUUCGGUCCUCCCAGAGACUGACUGGCAGAGUUUCUCUUACCACUGGCUUAUUCUCAAUACCAGAAGCUUCUACUGGGUUGGUCCUAAUCAGGAACCGCCAGAAAAUCGGAAUGAUGCUAUGGCUUUGUUGCCCUUUGCGGACUAUUUCAAUCAUUCGGAUGUCGAGUGCGAUGUGAAGUUUGAUGAAAAUGAAUAUACUCUUCGAGCAACAGAGGACUAUGAAAAGGGUGAUGAGGUGUACAUGAGUUACGGGAGUCAUCCAAACGAUUUCCUCUUGGCUGAAUAUGGUUUCAUUCUCGAGAAGAACACUUCAGAUUGCAUCUACCUCGACGACAUUGUCUUCCGUGACAUUAACAGCUCAGACAAGCAGGAAGAGCUAUGGCUUAACCAAUAUUACGGUGAAUAUCAAGUCACCGCAGAGGGGGUUUGUUACCGCACUGAGGUUGCAGCGUGUCUAAUGUACAUGAAAGAGGAAGAUUGGAGGGGUUAUGUUUUGGAGGGUUCCACUGAGGGUGUCAAUGCCCGCAAGUCGGAAACCAUCAUCAAGGGUUGGCUGCACACGUAUGCUAGGGAGGCGGAUGAAACAAUAAGCGCAAUAAGGGUAGCUCUUGAGUCCAACGCAGUGGUUCAAAAACACCACCAAAAGGCAGAGACGUUAUUGCGCCGAUGGGAACAGAUUAAAACCAUCUGUGAGCGUGCCUCUGAAGCGACCGUAUUAGAUAGCUGA